GCUGUUUCUGCUUUGUGUCAAACACAAAACGGGUGAAAGAGUUUUGACUGCAAAAAUACACUCGUAAACCCAACAGCUAAGGUGCAGUAGCGGUAGUUUUUAUGCCAAUAAUUCGCACAAGCCGUGGUUCUCGUAAUUGCUUUGUCGAUUGUUCAAUCUCGGUUUCGUCGGACAGAAAGCACAAUGGUCACAAUAGGUGAAGCUUUCGCGCCAUUCGAAGAAAUUGUUUACUCCGCCAACGAUGUCAAGGUUAAAAUUGGAGAGAAUAUAAUCCCGAAUGCCGGGGAAUUGCAUCUCACCCAAAGUGCAUUGAUUUGGAGCUGUAGCGAACGCAACAGCAGCAUCACCAUUCCCUGGCCUCGAAUUGGCGUUCAAGCAGUGUCGUCCAAUCCAGAGAAAUGCAUUUACCUUAUGCUGGAUAUCAACUUGGUCUGGGCUGGAUUCUACGAGGGUCGACCGCAGAACAAUGGGAAUAGGAAUGCUGGCCAAAAUGGCGAGGACGAGCACGAUGAAGGCCACGAAUCGGAUGGAUCUGAUAACGAAAUGACUGAGAUGUGGUUCCAACCUCCCACGCCGCAAAUCGUGGACCGAAUUUACAAUGCAAUGCGCGAGUGCCAGAGUCUGAAUCCAGAUCCUGGUGCAAUAAGCGAGGACGAAGACUACAUGGAGGCCGAAGAUGACGAUUUGCAGGAGGUGGAUGAUAUGAGGAAUCUACAGCUGGACGAUAACCCUAACUUUCAUUGCAGACGAGGAUAAGUUCGCUGAUGCUGAGGAAUAGACUGUUGGCGUCUCCGCAAUCGCCAUCCCGAUCGGGUAAAACUCGAAACAAAAAAAACUUAUAUAUUCUUUAAGCGCACCAAAACAACUUAGCCGCCUAGCGGCUCAUGCUGUGCGAGUAUUUAACAAUAUUAUUAUUGAGCUAGGUUUACAAAACUAUUCCAUGUUUGUUCUAAAAAAAGAAAUAUUGUCGAAUCUAAAAAAUGAAAGUAAAAUGAUUUAAAAAAAAGCCAUAAAUUGAUUCAA